GGUGACAGCGCGGCCAUGCUGCGCAACGGGGCGGCGGGCGGCGGCGGGGCCGCGGCGGGCGGCGGCGGCCACCGGCCCGUGCGCGUCUGGUGCGAUGGAUGCUAUGACAUGGUGCACUAUGGCCACUCGAACCAGCUGCGCCAGGCACGGGCCAUGGGCGAUUACCUGAUCGUUGGGGUCCACACCGAUGAGGAGAUUGCCAAGCACAAGGGUCCCCCCGUCUUUACACAAGAGGAGAGGUACAAAAUGGUUCAGGCCAUCAAGUGGGUGGAUGAGAUUGCUCCUGGAGCUCCUUACGUCACCACGCUGGAGACCCUGGACAAGUACAGCUGUGACUUCUGCGUGCAUGGGGAUGACAUCACCUUAACUAUCGAUGGCAAGGACACCUAUGAGGAAGUAAAGACAGCAGGGCGAUACAGAGAAUGCAAACGCACCCAGGGCGUGUCCACCACUGACCUUGUUGGCCGCAUGCUGCUCAUGACCAAGGCCCACCACAGCAACAUAGAUGAGGACCUAGACUAUCGGAAGCACACUGACAACUUUGGGAAGGGGCCCAAAGGUCACAGUCCCUGGACUGGUGUCUCGCAGUUCCUGCAGACAUCCCAGAAGAUCAUCCAGUUUGCAUCAGGGAAGGAGCCACAGCCAGGAGACACCAUCAUCUACGUGGCCGGAGCCUUCGACCUGUUCCAUGUUGGCCACGUGGAUUUCCUGGAGAAGGUUCACCAGUUGGCAGAGAAGCCCUACAUCAUUGCUGGGCUGCAUUUCGAUCAGGAGGUGAAUCGCUACAAAGGGAAGAACUAUCCCAUCAUGAACAUCCACGAGAGAACCCUCAGUGUCCUGGCCUGCAGGUAUGUCUCAGAGGUGGUGAUUGGAGCUCCCUACGCUGUCACUGCUGAUCUGUUGGAUCACUUCAGGGUAACACUUGUUUGUCAUGGGAUGACUGAGGUGGUGCCGGACAAGGACGGUUCUGAUCCAUAUGAGGAACCAAAGCAACGUGGCAUUUUCCAGCUGGUGGACAGUGGCAGCAAUCUCACCACAGAUCUAAUUGUGCAAAGAAUCAUCAAGAACAGGCUGGAGUUUGAAGCUCGCAACCAGAAGAAAGAAGCCAAAGAGCUGGCUGUGCUGGAGGCCAUGAGAAGGCUGGAGCAGGAGAAGCAGUAGGCUGCAGAGCAGGCAUGUGUGAGCCACAGAGAGCUGCAGCGUCACCCUCUGGGAGAGCAGCUGCUCUGCAGGAAAGGAGCCCUGAAGGGGGGCAGCCCUGCUGGCACGCAGGAUGUGCUGUCCUACCCUCUGCUGUCCUAGCUCCUCCUGCACUAAUUAUGCAGACAUAACGAGUUGGGAUUCCGUUGCCUAGUUUUAUCUCCGUUAAUCAGUCCCUGUCCCUUUUCCCAGGAGGAGAUUUGACAAAACAAAAAUGUUUUAAUUAUAACUAAUGUUUUAACAUGUUGAUGUGCUUUUACCUUCUGCCGUUUCUGGCUCUUAGUAGGAGGGAAGUGGAGGAGCUGCCUGUGCCCCCUGCCCUGCCAGCCUGGGCUGUCCUGCCUGGGCUCUGCACUGCAGAGCAGCCCCUGGGCAGGGCUUGGGUGGCUGCACAGGCACCGAGAGCAGCCUGGGGACAGGACAGGGCUCCUGGGCUUCCUCCUGCAGCUCUGGCUCAGGAACCAGGGGCUGGCUGCCAGAGGAGGUGCUGGGGUUCACUGUGCUGCCUCUGCUCAGCUCCUGCCCCUGCCCACACCCAGAGCUGCCCUGGGCAAUUCCUUUGCUGCAGCUGCUGAGGGGGCAGGUGGAGCUGGGUCCAGGCAUUUCUCCACACGAGGCACAGGGAUCUUUUCCCCUGAAGGCUCUCCCUUUGCAAGGCAGCAGGACCCAAUGCCUCGUGUGCACAGUGCUCAGGGCCCCCCUUGUGCUGAUGGAUUACCUGAGGGCAGGGCCUGGCCAGGUGAAGGUCUGGGGGUGUUUCUGAUGGCUGACAUGCAGCAUGCUGCCUCCAAGGGGAGGUGCAGGCUGCGAGAUGGGUCCUGAGCUGUGAGCCCCUUCUGCCUCUGACAUUCCAGGAUCCUGGGGUGGGUAUCCUGAGCAGCUCACUGCACUGUGCCAGAUGGUCCUGCCAGGCUGUGUCUGGUGUCCUCUCUCUUGUAAACUUUUGUUGCUGAUCAUUAAUAAAAUGUUGAAGAGUUGUGCAUUGGUGUU